AUGGUCGAUAAAUGUCUGGCUGAAGAGAACGAUGAGCAAGAGCCAUCGUGCAGUGAUGAUACGUGCUGUGUGUGUAUGUCCAGAGUCGCUACCGUACACGCCUAUCCAUGCGGACACAAGAUCAGCUGUAGACUCUGCGCGACGAUGAUGCUUAAGACGUCUGCGAAGGCCCAAGAGAAACAUUUCCGUUGUAUUAUGUGUCGAUCGAAUGUCUACAGGCUACGAUAUGUUCGACAAGAUCCCGGUAGUAAUUUUGUGCAAGCCAGAAGCCCCCUUCACGUUGCACUACGCUCAUCAACGAGAGUUUGGCUUCAGUCGAUCUUCGGAGAUUGCUGCCCGAUCCAGUUCAUCUCUUCCUGGUUGACAGUCGAUGUCUACGCCCCGUGUGCAUAUAUUAGUGAUGCUCAGUUUGCUGGCCUGACAAGGCCAUAA